AUGUGUCCGCGAUACAAGCCCAGCAACGUGACGCCGAUCCCUGACGGCUCUGAUCCGUCUGCGUGCCCGCGCAGCAUCCUGGGCGUGUAUGACGACCGGGACUUCGGCUGGUGCGUUGCCCCUUCACGCCCUUCCCCACUCACACUCCUCACUCACACUCCUCACCUGCAUUCCUCUCUCACACUCUCUCACUUUCCCUUAGCCGCUAGGGCGCACGGGUACAAGCGGCUGAUGCACAAGGACCCGCUCAAGACGGUUUUCCUUGACGCCCUGGGCGCGCCCAAAGAGGACCCGCGGCGCGACCGAGGGGAUGGCAUUCAGGCCGUGGUGAGGGGAGGGGCGGGCAGGAGGAGAAGGGAGGCUGAAUUACCACCUGAACGAGGCGCUGCCAGGUCAGCAGAUAGACGUGUUCCUAUUGGACGAGAGGUACUACCGGGAGAACCUGCCAUGCCACGUGCGCCGCGAUUUCUGCUCCUCCGUGAUGGACCUUGGCAAGCCACACAGCUGGCGCUCGUGGAGAGGGGGAGUGGUUGA